AUGGAUCCCUCUCCAGAUCCGGUGAACAACCGGUCGGUCUCCGAGACGAGAGACAACCUGGAGUCGCCUAAUUCAAUUUCGAACCCCUCAAACACGAAUGACACAAAUGUCACAAAUGAUACCUCGAUUCAACCUCCAGUCAAUGCCGUUGAAACGUCACAGACUGUUAGCCCGUCCCAGCCUCGAGCUCCUACGCCACCACCGACUGCCGCAACCGGUGAAGAGAUCGAACAUGCGUACUGGGCCGAGUUCGUAGAGGACACAACUACCCCAGAUGAGGAGGAGCUGAAGGAGAUCCACGGAGCAGAUGCCGACUAUAGUGCUUGUGAUCACACGUAUUGGGAGAACAACUUCUUUCGAGACCUGGAUGAUCCCGAGUAUGCUCCUGGGGAGAAGGCCCGCGUGACGUGGACUAUCAAGGGCAUUCGGGGUACGCCAGAGUCUCCCAAUCGGGCCAAGGUUAUGCGAUCCCCGGCCGCCUAUAUCGGAGGCUACUGGUGGCGAAUCAAGUUUUAUCCUCGCGGCAACAACGUUGGCUCUUUGAGCAUUUACCUUGAAUGCUCCCCGACUCUGCCCGCCUCGGACGAUACACUUCCCGAGACCGAGUUCACGGUUCGCCGUAGCACCCCCGAUGUCAGUCUGAAAGAUAGUAUCCCCGAUGUCAGAUUGAAGACCCCAGCAACAAAUGAUGCCGCUGCCUGGCAGGAAGACUUCAAGUCUCAAUACCCUGCCACGGCCGAGGCCCCCAGAAUCACCCAGGAUGACCCUGCUAGCCCGUGGCGAGUGGCGGCACAGAUCGGUGUUAUCGUGUAUAAUCCCGAAGAGCCUCGGACGGGGUGGAUGCAGUCUUCGUGCCACCAGUUCAACCCUCACAACUUGGAUUGGGGGUGGACUUACUUCCACGGCCCGUGGGAUCAGAUUCAUCAGCGUCGUCGUGGCCAACAUCGUGCGCUGUUGAACAAUGACACCCUUGCCUUCGAUGCCUAUAUCCGUGUGAUCGAUGACCCAACCCGAUCAUUAUGGUGGCACCCAAGCGACGCCGAACCUACCUGGGAUAGCCUGGCCUUGACUGGCUAUCGUCCUCUGGGUGAUUCAGUGAUCAACCAUAGUGCCGAAGUUGCUGGACUGGCUUCGUGGCUCCACAUUGCUCCAUUCUGCAAGAUUAUCCAGAAGGUGGAUGUUCUCGAACACCUUACCAACUGCGAUGUCAAGCCUAAGCCUUUGUGUGAUGCUCUUCAGAGGCUCCUGUGGCAGUUGCGCCGUCGUACUCAAUCUCUUCAGUAUGUUGAUACUGAUGGCAUUACAUCUACCUUGCGCAACCUGCGUGAAUUUUCGAGUGAUGUUUCGGAGUUCUGGGAACGCCUCCGUCGGACGCUCGAGAUCGAACUCGCGGGCACUGAUGCUGGCAAGGAAUUCGCCAAGCUCUUUGACAGCCCAUCUCCAAACUCAGACUCUGUUAACACCCUUCCCACAAACUUCAACUCUCGCAUCUGUGUUCGGGCCGACGAGGUUAAGUCCACUGGCGAGGCUGUGAAGAAAUAUCUGGAAAAGAAGCCUGGCUAUUGGACACUCCCACCUGUUGUUCAUGUGGAACUUGGCCGCCAUACCUUGGACAAGGCUAUGCGCUGGCAGUUACAGUUCAACAAGGUGGACCUAGACGAGGAAUUAGAUCUGGCGCCCUUUAUGCCUGACGGUCAGAGCGGCAAAUAUGUCCUUUAUGGCUACGUUGUUCACCGCGGCCGUCGCACGUCGGGCAAAUUCUUCAGCAUUCUUCGUCCUGGCGGCCCAGGAACCAAAUGGCUGGCAUUCGACGAUGGCAGUGACAACCGCGUUGAAUGCUUGACCCAAAAGACUGCAAUGGGUCCUCAUCUUGGUAUUGAUGCUUCACAGACCGUGGACCACAAGAAGGGCCAUGAUGUGCCCGUGGUGGCCAUAUAUGUGCGCAGUGACAUGGUGACAGAGCUCCUGCCUGGUCCCCAGGGACCUUGGAAUGUUUCAGAGCCUUUGAAACAGUACUAUGAGACCGGUGUCUAUCCGUCUGCCCCAUUAAACGAUGCGGCGCUAGUGAAGGACGACAUUCAGGUCGAGGUGUACUCGACUACUGAGUACGAUCAUCUGAACAGCCUGUUUGACACCUACGAUCUCAUGUCUCACUCUAAGAAGGUCAACGGUGUCAUGUAUAUGAAUCUGCCUCGUUCGUCCCGCAUUGCUGAGCUCCGCAAGAAGAUAUCCUUGUGGAAAUCGGCGGGCGAGAAGCUUGUUGGGCCAGAGCGCGUACGUCUCUGGCACAUCGGGCACACUCGUGCUCAAUGCGGGCCCACUCUUGCGUUUGAUCUGAUCUCAGACAUGAACGUUCCCUUGAAUACAUCCGGUGGUACUCUGCGAUUCUGGAUGGAAACGAUCUCAGAAGAGGAUGCCAAAUUCUUUGCGAUUCCGGAUCCAUCUUCAUUGGCUGCAGCUGAAGACAAGACUGAGGAAUCUAUUAUCGAGCGGGCUAUUUCGGGCACUCCUGAACCACAAUCAACUGGACCCGAUGGAGACGCCGUUGCCAGUUCAUCCAGUGGUGUUCAUGAGACUGUUGUCACCACAGCCGAAGAUCUGGACACCACUAGCGACGAACCUUCUUCGCCCCCGCUUGCGACCUCAUCUCCCGAAAUUGAUGCCUUAGCGGAAGAGAUGGCUGAGCAUGAUGCCGUCCUUGCUGUGGCUGCAGCCCACGAUCAGCAGAUCACGGAUAGCAUCUCCUCUGGUAAUCAUGAAACAAGCUCUUCUGGUACAGCCCCUACAUCUGCGCCUGUCGAGACACCUGUACCAGAGCCGGCAACUGCAACCUCUACCGAACUCGAGGUGACACUGCCAGUCGGACAUGCGUAUUAUUUCAUCCAGGUGUUUGACGCAGACGAUCAGGUCCUCCGUACAGUGGGCUCGUUCUUCUCCAAGCUUGAGGCAAAUGUCAAGGCGUCCAUUCGGAAGCACCUGAAGUGGCCCAUCCGCCGAGAUUUCCUCAUGUGGAAGCGAGUUGAUGGCACCACCGUGACGACCGUGUCCCCGGCCGAUAAUUUCCUAGAUGUUGUCGUUCCCCACGGCUCUUGUAUCAUCGUGGGAGACAAGUUGAGCAGAGACAAGCGCUCCCAGCUUGGCGUCUCUGGCCUGUUCUCCAGCCCUGAUCGCCUGGUCCAAUACCUGUGGGCCGAGUCGCGCGAACACCCGAUUCAAGGCUUCACCGGUACUAAGACUGUCGAGGCCACUUUCACUAGCGACUACUAUAGCGGAGAAUUCCUAAAGGGAUUCUAUCAUGGCCACGGCAAGCACUUCUCAGGCACGGGAACCGUCUAUGAGGGCGAGUUUGUCUUCGGGCGGCGCCAUGGUCCAGGCAAGAUGGAAUAUCCAACAGGUGACACUUAUGACGGUGAUUGGGUCGAGGAUGUGCGCCACGGACAAGGCACCUAUGUCGAAAAGAAGACUGGCAACAAGUAUGUUGGCGGCUAUAAGGAUGGCAAGCGACACGGCAAGGGUAUCAGCUACUGGGAGGUGGCUGAUGAAGAGACGGAUCUCUGCCAAAUCUGCUAUUCCGAGGAGCAAAACGCCGUCUUCUGCGACUGUGGCCACGUCUGCUCCUGCGUGACCUGUGCCAAGCAGGUGGACCUGUGUCCGAUCUGCCGCAAGACCAUCAAGAGUGUCAUCAAGAUUUACAGGACUUAA